AUGACUUCAAGAGUUUUAAUUUUUGGUGGUUCUGGAGAAUUAGGAUCCGCAUUAGUGGUUACUUCUGUUGGUACCCGUCAAAAUUCUGACGCAACCCAUAAUAUAAUUAUACCUGUUGACGAUCCCUUGGAAAUUCAAGGUGAAAAGGUUUUGAACCAAAGCAAUGAACAGCUGAAAUCAGAUAAUGCCGAAAAAUACGAUGCAAUUUUAUGUGUAGCCGGUGGCUUUAUGAUGGGAAAUUUGGUUGAUAAAGAUGGUUUCCUGAUGUUGACGGGUACUGCAGGAUUGCAAGGCACACCUGGUAAUCAAUUAAUCAAUUUUAAAUUAGCUGUAUUAGCUAUUCUUACAUUUAUUCAAUCGUCACAUUUUGCAAAGGCUGGUGUCCAACAACUUGUAAAGAGUCUAUCGGCUGAAG